GCUUCUGUUCGAGCACUUGAAUGUCUGCAGAGUGGACACUGGGCACAGAUCUCAGGAGAUCUGAUUGAGAAUGGCCAAGAAAGUGACGCUCGAGCCGCGGCUGCUGGAGCGUUUCAUCUCCCAGUGCUGGAAGGCGGAGGCCAAGUGCCCAUUCGGCCUCGUCGUGGCGCAGGUGCGGCGGGAAAUGAGGAAACAACAGAAGAAAGCCGCAGUAAUUCAUGCGCUUCUUUCAUGUUGAUGUUGAUGUGAAUGGUACAGGCGAUUGAGGGAGCGCGUGUGCUGCUGAUGUGUCUGCCGACCCCGACAGAGGCCGAGGGCAGGCCGUGGGGCAAGGCCGUGUGGACGGGCGGCCUCGCACAACUCCUGGAGCGAAAACUCAGCCACACACACGGCAUGACCUUCCUGCAGGUACUUGUGGGGGGCUACACACACACACACACACACGUGCCGUCAUAUGUCUGUGUGUGCGGCAUGGCUGCAGUGGUCGAUGCGUCACUUGAGUGAGGUUCGGCAGGUGCUGCCUGGAGGGCUGGAGGUGUGCGGCGUGUAUGUGGUCAAGCCUGAGGCUGAUGUGCGUGCGUCGCUGGGACCCUCGCUGAUGCCCCUGCUGGACGACAUCAGCUGCGGCACCGCCUCGGGGGAGGCACUCAUCAUGGUCCUCGAUACAAACACCAAAAAGUGGGCGAUGGAGGGAGGGAGGGAGGGGGGGAAUGGAUCGCUUCAUUCAUUCUGUCUGUCUGUCUGUCUGUUGUUUGUUUGUUUGUGUGUGUGUGUGUGUGGUCAGGUUCAUGUGCAAGACGGCUCCCUCGAAUGUGGGAUCUAUGGUGAGAAGGGUAGGGUGGGUAUACGGAUCUCACACACGCACACACACCAGUGGUGCACAUAACCUUUGAGUACGUGUGUGUGUCUGUGCAGUGGAAGCCCCUGUCGUCCAAAAUGCAGUCGUCCGCCGGCAGCAGUGUGCGGCUCUCCACUCUGGUGCCCGUCGACAUGACCGUCGCCUUCGACACACCCGAUGCAGCCGAGGUGGCCGAAGUGGAAGAACACCUCAGGGUGAGCGAGCCAGUCACCCCCAUGCAAAAGUCAGUCCGUGAGUCCGUAAGUGAGUCCGUGCGUGUGCAUGUCGGCUUUGCCUCAGGCCAGCAUGGCCACUUGGGCGGAGGCGCCCGUGCUGCUCAUUGCACACACAGAGCCACCCGCCAGCGCCGCAUCUGCUGCCCAGGUGCGUCCCUUCCAACAUGCAUAGCGACCGAUGCACCUCUGUCUUGUGUGUUGUGUGCGUGUUGUGUGUGUGCAGAGCACCACCCCUUCUCCCCGGUCUCAGUACUUCGGCAGCGAUGGCGACUGCCAUGUCAAGAUGGGUCGGCUGCUGUCCUCAACUGAGCACGGGGAGCUCCAGUUCCUGCAGCAGCACUGGGGGCCGAUCGAGGUGGUCCUGGGGCCUCCUAAUGCGGCUCCUGCAGCCCCGCCCCAUCUGAUACACAUCCGGUGUGACAUCCUGGCGGUCGCCCACGUGCUGAGGGAGGGCUCCCUGCUGUCCGCCAUGCAGGUCAGCUGGGGUCACUCACUGAAAUCGCACACGCCACGCGUGUUGCACGAGUGUGGAGCCUCUGGUGUGUUUGCUUGUUCGGUCGCUGUCCGUCAGUGUCUGUAUGAUGACUUUGUCGGCACGUUAGCUGUCCGGGUCGCUGCCGUGCUGGAGAGGUGCCUCGCGGCAACCGACGCUAGCGACGGUAAGAGAGAGAGGAGCACCCACACAUACACCUCAACGACCUAGCGUGUGUCGUCGUGCAGGGAGUGCGCCGGCAGCCCCCAUGGCCCUCCCUCUGCCGCGCAGGUAAAUUGUGAUUGAUGAGCAUGGAAAUGGCUAGCAGCAGAGACUCGUUGAAUGGUGAUGGGAUGCUUGGGUGUGGUGUGCUGGUCGACGUCAGGGUGCAUUUCGGUUUUGGCGGCAACUCGGGCGGCUCGGCGUUGGGCACCCUGUGCGACUACCAAGCGGAGGGAGAAACCGAGAAGGUACCCAGCCACACACGGCAGACACACACAGAGAGUGCCCCUCCCUCCCUGCAAUGCCAAGCGAGCUGACUUCGCCCCUCUCUCUGUUGGUCUUUCUGUGUAUCAGGAUUCCCGGGCCCGUCUGGCGUCGGUGACGGGGCUGCCUCCCGAGAUGAUUGGGGGUGUCGUGGCUGACCUAUCAGACCACACACAGACACAUACAGCCACCCAGACACCCCCCAGUGACAGUGCUAGCACAGGUAAGGACUCGAAAGGGAAGCGUAUGCAUUGGAUGGACACCUGUCUGUCUGUCUGUCUGCCUGUCUGUCUGUCUGUCUGCCUGUCUGUCUGUCUGUCUGUCUGUGCACACAUUGGUCUGUCAGGUUUGCCUGUGGAUGAUGGUUGGUAUGGCCUUGAGAAUGAGGUGAGGGCCGCCCUGGGAGAGCCCCCCAAGCCCCCUGUAAAAGCACGCCGACACGAAACCAAACCCACCAGGUGGUGGGCCCAACACAGCAGCACAAGGAAUGAAUGGAGACGAAGCCGGAUGGACGCAUUGCUCCUGUCUCUCUGUCUCUCUGUCUGUCUGUGAAUUGGUCAGUGGCCCUCCGCUGUGGCCGAUAGUGCGCUUGGGUCUGACCGUAGUAGUCGUGGUGGUGCUGCACAUCCAGGUGCGCCUUCACCAUGCCGGCCUGGGGCAGUUUGAUGCGCGCCUUGUCGGCCACGAUGAACUCUAGGGCAUGAUAGCCUCAAGGGAGGGAGAGAGAGAGGGAGAGGGAGACAGGGGGGGCGGGGGAUGUCUGUCACACAGCAUGCACGACUGACUGACGUGCUGCAUAGCAUUUGAUUUGUAUGUAUUUGUCGAUACUUACUUUCUGCGAACGAAUUCAACUCACUCGGGCGCGUUCCUUCCCUUCCUUGACACAAUGUGUUAGCACACCCACGCAAUGUCAUCGAUCUCCAUUGAGUCUCACCUCCCUCUAUAUGUGAAGCGUGACUCUCCACUGCAAAUGGAUAGCCGCCGCCAGCACUAAGCCAGGCCUGGACGAUGG